AAGCAGAAGCCUUAUGAGGAGGCGUUUGAGGCUCUGUUCAAUGCGCUGGAUCGCUGCGAGGAUAUCCUCUCAAAGCAGAGGUAUCUGUGCGGAAACGUUUUCACCGAGGCAGAUCUCCGGCUCUUCAAGACGCUGAUAAGAUUCGACGAAGUUUAUGUUGUUCAUGUCAAGUGCAACAAGAAGCUGAUCCGUGAGUACCCAAACCUCUUCAACUUCGUCAAGGACGUGUACCAGAUGGAUGGGAUCUCGGACACCGUCCGCAUGGACCACAUCAAAAAGCACUACUACGGAAGUCAUCCCUCCAUCAAUCCGUAUGGCGUCAUCCCUGUUGGAAGCGUCAUCGACUACUCCACUCCACACGACCGCCACAAGUUCAACACAUGAGUUUUAGAUUCCCAGUUAUAAUUGUCACCUUCGAUAAUAUAUUAUUCGUUUCUCAUUUC